UUGGACAUUCAUUCCAACAAGCCCAACCACAACCAAAUCUAAACCAAGAAAUUAAGUGUAGUCACUCCUCCAAAUUUCAACUUUCACAAUGUCUCAUCCCAUCAUCGAUAACAAUGCUGUUGAUCGAGUCAUUUUUCGAGAAUACAUUGGCGUGAAACCAUACCCAAAACCUUUUAAAUUCCCUGAUAUUGACAACUACAAAAUCGCUGAAUUCCAUAUCAUUUUGGCCUUUGCCCAUGAGACUUACAACGAAGAUGGAAAAGGCACCGGAAGUUUCUCUGCCGAUUGGGAUCUUGAUAUAUGCGGUAUACAAAGUGUGAAGGAUAUCAAGCAGAAGUGUCCCAAUGUCAAGCUGGUAUUUAGCAUUGGUGGUCGUGGUACUAAAUAUCCAUUCUCUCCUAUUGAAAAAAAUUACUGGUGUGAUAAUGCCGUCGAUUCGCUCAAAACGAUCAUCAAACAAUACAAUGACAUCUUUGCUGGCAUUGAUAUUAACUAUGAGCACAUCAAUACCAAUGAUGAAAAUGAUUUCUCCAACUACGUUGGGGACGUUAUAAAUAGACUCAAGAAUGAAGUAGGUAUCGAUGUGGUAUCCAUUGCUCCAUCCCAUGCAAAUGACAAUUACUACAAGCUACUCUACUCGGCACACGCUGACGAUAUUAAUUGGGUUGACUACCAAUUCUACAUGCAGCCUAUCCCCACAGAGAAUGAGUUUUUAAGCCUCUUUCUUAGUCUCGCAAGGGAAUACGCUCUUGAAAAACUCCUAGUAGGAGCAAGCACCGAUCCUCGUGACGGAGGUAAUGUUCCACUAGAUGUCUUCGUUCAGACUUGCACCAAUCUGAUUAAGCAUAAAUCACUCAGUGGCAUUUUCAUUUGGAAUGCUAAUGACUAUGAGAAAAUUGCACUGGAUAUCCUCACUAAUAAUUAAACUUAUCAUAUCCACUAUCUAUAUGUUUUAUUAUUCGGGUCAUUUAUCAAACUAAGGGAUAGCUAUGUCGUUCCUUGCUGUAGUUUGAUACAUCUUCUAAAUAAGACCCAAAAAAGCUUUGAUUAUUGCAUGUGUGUGUUUUGUGUAUCGCACAGGUUUCUUGUGCUCUAUGUACGUUGUUUUAAUAAUGAAUGAAUAUGUUAUUUUCAUCUUUAUUUUUUUAGACAAA